AUGUCAGCGCUUGGAAGCUCCGUGAUUAACAAGUCAAAUAAAAAGUUCGCCCCCAAGAAGGCACCUAUCCGGCGUCCUGGCGUUCCGGAUUCUGCGGAACACUCUGCAAGGCCAAGCGAAGAACGACAAGCUCAAUCACAGACACCACAGCUUCCGAGCACGCUAUAUCCAGCUAGCCCUUCACCGGCACCAUCGCGUGCACUCUUGACUUCAAGCCGACCUGAUGACGCUCUCGCCUCCCACUCGGUACAAGCAGCUUCUGCGCAAGAUGGUAAUGCCAUUCAUUUACCUUUGCCUUCCCGACUUACCUCAGCAUCAAGAGAGCCAUCUCAUUCAUCAAUUGUCCCUCAGAAGCGUCCUUUAGCCAGGGAAAAUCAUGUCACACGUCCUACAAGCUCUUACACAAAAAAUUCAGCUUCAGCUGAUCAUCCUCGCCCCUCAACACCCACCACUCAUGACGCUUUAGUUCGCACAAAUCUUCAACUUACUGCAAAGACAGCGCCUUCUAUAGAACGAGUGACACGAUCACGUCGCAAAGAGACCUCUCGACCUUCUGAACGGAUUGCCAACAACGGCCCACCGACCUUACACACCAGAGUGUCAAAGCGUCGAAAAGCAAACGAGCAACGAGGAGAACGCGACGAGACCGAGACAGGUACUGCUCGAGUGGACAUAACAACUUCAAGUUCAGAGGGACUUCAAAAUGACUCUCCAGCUGUAGCUACAUCCACUCUCCCUACGAAGGCCACAUCCAGCUCAAAAUUAAAGAGAGCUCCCAGAAAGAAAAGCCAGAAAUCUGCGGGAUCCACCUCCCAUAAUCGCUUGUCAGCACAAGCUCUAGAAGAUGACGAAAAUGCUAACGAGCAUCAAGUCGCCGAGCCAGCUAACCAAAUGAAGACACAGAAACGCCAGAAACCUAAGUUGUCAAGGCGUCAAAAGGCUAUUCAGGAUGCAGCAGCAGAUAUCGUGGAAGAUGCCGUUCGAGGGACAGCGAGAACGUCCAAAAAAGGGAAGACAGGCCACCGGAGGCGACCAUCGACUCCUGAUAAUGCUGAGAAUGUGACAAUAGCGCCGGAAGAGAUGAAGAUGAUCGAGCUAUGCCAAGACUCUCAUACCGGCAGAAAGUCCUUGCGUGAACAAGAACUUAGAGAAAUGGAUCGCGCGGCUUUCGUGAAGCAGAAACAGCGGGAACUUCAAGAUAUGAUGGGUCAUGCGGCAUCCCCAGAGAAUGAUGGUUUUGCAGCACCCUCGCGGGACCAAGAAACUCGUCAGGAGCGGCAAAGAGGACAAGAGCGUCAAGUAGCGCUCAAUGUUCCAAAUACUGUCAUUAUAGAUGGGCAGAUUCAAAUUGAUGAAGAUUCUCUUCGCAUUGACCGACAUGCCGCGGCAGCUGUUGAGCGGGAUCUGGAAGAUCUCCCCCAAUUGAUGAGAAUGACCUGA